UUCCGUAUCUUUUUCCAACAUUGAUCUUCUUCUUUGAUGAAAAUCAGGGCUGAACUUUUAGCUUUUUGUGUGUUUAUAGGUGUAAUUGUGCCAAGGGAUCAAGAGAAUGUUGGUGCUGUUCGAAACCCCUGCGGGAUUUGCCCUUUUCAAAGUAUUAGAUGAAGGAAAGCUCUCUAAAGUUGAUGAUUUGUGGAAGGACUUCUCAUCCGCCGAGACAUCCAGACAGGUGGUAAAGCUAAAAGCUUUCUCCAAGUUUGAGAACACAGCAGAGGCACUGUCGGCAGCCACUUUGUUAAUAGACAGCAAGCCCAGCAAAGGUUUGCGCAAAUUUUUGCGUGCUCAUUGUGAUGGUGAAACGUUAGCUGUUGCUGACUCCAAACUUGGAAAUGUGAUCAAGGAGAAGCUCCAAAUUGAUUGUGUUCACAACCAUGCUGUUAUGGAGCUAAUGAGAGGAGUGAGAAGCCAAUUGACUGAACUCAUAACCGGUCUAGGUUCACAAGAUUUAGCUCCAAUGAGCUUGGGGUUAUCUCACAGCCUGUCCAGAUACAAGCUUAAGUUCAGUCCUGAUAAGGUAGAUACUAUGAUCAUUCAGGCUAUUGGGCUUCUAGAUGAUCUUGAUAAAGAGCUUAAUACUUAUGCAAUGAGGGUUCGAGAAUGGUAUGGUUGGCAUUUUCCAGAGCUUGCAAAAAUUGUUCAAGACAACAUUCUAUAUGCCAAGGCUGUAAAGCUCAUGGGGUAUCGAACAAAUGCUGCAAAACUUGAUUUAUCUGAGAUACUUGCAGAAGAGGUUGAGACAGAACUGAAAGAGGCAGCUGUUGUUUCAAUGGGAACAGAAGUCAGUGAUCUCGAUUUGAUAAACAUCAAAGAUUUAUGUGAUCAAGUUCUUUCUCUUUCAGAAUACCGAGCUCAGCUGUAUGAUUAUUUGAAAAGUAGGAUGAAUACCGUUGCACCAAACCUUACUGCUCUUGUUGGAGAGCUUGUGGGGGCUCGCCUCAUUGCUCAUGGGGGCAGCUUGUUGAAUCUUGCAAAACAACCCGGGAGCACCGUUCAGAUUCUCGGUGCAGAGAAGGCUCUUUUUAGGGCGUUGAAGACGAAACACGCAACUCCUAAAUACGGGCUUAUUUACCAUGCAAGUUUGAUUGGCCAAGCAGCACCAAAGCAUAAAGGGAAAAUUUCGCGAUCUCUUGCUUCCAAGACCGCUCUGGCAAUUCGGUAUGACGCUCUUGGAGAAGGCCAAGAUAAUUCUAUGGGUGUGGAGAACCGUCUCAAGCUUGAAGCAAGAUUAAGGAAUCUUGAAGGACGUGAACUUAACCGAUCUGCUGGAGCAACUAAAGGCAAACCUAAAAUCGAAUUCUACAACAAGGAUCAAAAGACGGGAGCUGGGGCGAUCAUUACUGCUGCAAAGACUUACAAUGCAGCAGCAGACUCUGUUCUUGGACGAAUAGAAGCAGAGGCUGAACAAGACGAAAAGAUGGUACCAAAGAUAGAAGAACCGUCUGAAGGAAAGAAAGAUAAAAAGAAGAAGAAAAAGAAGGAAGCGGUUGUGACGGAUGAUGUAGCAGCCGAUGAAGAUGUCGGUAAGAAAAAGAAAAAGCAAAAACACGUAGUCAAUGAAGAGGAUGAGGCGCAGAACGAAGAGACCGUUGAAGAUGGCGAUGAGAAGAAGAAGAAGAAGAAGAGAAAGCAUGCCGAAACCGAAAUAGAAACACCAAGUAAGAAAAAAGAGAAGAAGAAGAAGAAGAAGAGUGAAGAAUGAGAUUUAGAUUUUGGGCAUCUCUUGAAAGCAGAUUGGUAUGUAAAAUUAUGGAGAUUGGCCAAGUUUUUUCAACACCAUUAUUUUUCCGUCACCUGGUUUUUGUAGGAAUUGCAUAAUGUAUUCUUUUUCUUUUUUACUUGAGUUGAAAGUGACAUCUUCAA